GAAAUUUUAUUCGCUUGGUAAUCUUAUCUUUAAACUUUUGUCCAAUUUUAUUUCUAUUUGAUUUAUUUUUUAAGCAUUUUGUAAUUAUUUUUUAAGUGUUUUUUAAGUGGUUUUUAUUUUUGUUGGCUAUCUGUUUAUUCUGUUUUGUUUCAUAUAAAUAACAAAGAAGGGAUAUCGACUAUUUUUUCAUCUCUUCCUUUGUUUUCUUCUACCCUCUCACUCUCCACACUAAAAUGGAUACUCCAACCAAAGAAAGUCAAACUGACAAUUCCGAAGAAAAUGCUAAAUCACUGAAUGAGAAUCUUGCUGGCGUCGAACCCACACAAAAACUGUCCCCAAAACUUUUUCUGACUGCUUCAACAUCUCCCAAGGUUAUUCUCCCUGCCCCUGCCACCACCAUCAUUUCCGCUGUUUCUGCUGUUGCUUCUGCUUCCUCUGCUUCCUUCAAAGACCCCAAAGACUCUUCUUCAACAAAUCCUCCACAUCCUGUUCCACAAAAGAGAAGAAGAGUAACAAGAGCUUGUGAUGAGUGCCGUAAAAAGAAGGUUAAAUGUGAUGGCCAACAGCCUUGUGUUCAUUGCACUGUCUAUAACUAUAAUUGCACCUAUGACCAACCUUCCAACAGAUCAAAAAAGAACAAAUUACUUCAUCAUUCUUCCUUCAAUAACAACAUAAGCUCUUCCAGCAACAAUAACCACAACCCAUACAACCCUAAUAGUAACAAUACUUCUAACACUAACAACUUUAAUAUCAAUGUUAAUCUUAGCAAUCUUAACAAUCAUUUCAAUACCAACAAUAACCCCCACAUCCAAAUAGAUCAGCAACAAAAACAAAUUAAAAUUAUGUUGCCACCUUUAGAAACAACCCUCAACUAUGUUAAUAAAGCUUGCGACAGUGCUUGUCUUUUUAAGUAUUACAAUAGAAAAAAUUUACUAAUAAUCAUUCAAGAACUAUAUAAUGAAAAUAACAAUCAAUUAAUUAAAUCAACUUUUUCCAAAAUUUCAAAUUCAAACCCAAAUAAUACUGAUAAUAAAGCCAAAUCAAAUGACAAAAAUGAUAAAAAUUACUAUAAUUAUUAUAACGCCUCUUACACUUUAUUAAGAAAAAGCAAUAUCAUAGAAACUAAUGAUAUGACUAAUUUAAUUACUUUAUUUACUUUAGUUAUCUUUCUACAAUGCACUGCAAGAUUAUCUACUUGUUACUCUUAUAUUGGUAUUGUAUUAAGAUCUGCUUUAAGAAUUGGCUUGCACCGUAAAAUUCAAUAUUUUAGUAACCCAAUUGAAGCUGAAAAUAGAAAAAGAUUAUUUUGGUCAAUUUAUAAAAUGGAUGUCUAUAUUAAUACAAUGUUAGGCUUACCAAGUAUUUCAAAUAGUGAUGUGGAUCAAGAUUUACCUGCUGAACUAGAUGAUGAAAAUAUUACCGAUACUGAAUAUCUAUUGGAAAAUCAAAAGGAUAAUUUAAGUUUAGUUGGUGUAUCAAACCAUCAUACUAAAUUAGUUAUAAUCUUAAACCAUGUUGUCAAAAAUUUAUAUCCAAUAACUACUCCAUCAAAUCAUUCAACUCAACCUCUGAAUAAUAUCAAAGUCAAAAAAAUGGAAAAAGAAAUUCAAGAUUGGUUAGAUAAUUUACCAAUUGAAUUAAAUCCCUAUAACGUUCCCAUUCCACAAAAGUAUUAUAGACAAAAUAGGUUACUAUAUCUUUCUUUUUUGCAUAUCCAAAUUGUACUUUAUAGACCUUUCAUCCACUUAAUUUCCCAUAAAUAUUUAUCAAAUACAAAUAUUGAUUUAAAAUCUGUUGAGAAUGCUAAAAACUGUAUUGCUUCUGCUAUCAAAGUUGUGGAAUUAGCCAUUGAAAUGUUUGAUCAUAGCUUAUUAAAUGGUGCAUAUUGGUUUUCAAUUUAUCCAAUUUUUUAUUCUGUUGCUUGUUUAGUGUAUUAUAUUCAUGAAAAUUCAAAUAGUGUUGAUCCAACAACAUUACAAAUUAGAAGCUAUGCUGAAAAGGGUAAAAAUGUUUUAAUUAAACUAAGAGAUAAUUCUGUUGCAGCUUCAAGAACUUAUCAUAUUUUAAACGUUAUGUUUGAUAAAUUAAACAAAAAAACU